AAGUUCAUUCAUCAAAAGCUCAGCUACCAGAAAUCUAACUAUGAGUAGUCAAAGAAGAAUUGACGAACAACGUUCGAAUUCACUUGAUGAAACGUCGGAUGAAAAUAAUCAAGAAACUGAUUUGACAGAAUACUUGUCUAACAAAUAUCAAAAUGGCCCAAUAAAUAUAUUUGAUGACGAGGAUGAUGAGGACGAAGACAUAAAGAACACUACUAUACCUGAAGGAGAUAAACGAGAAGAUAAAAAAUAAAAGAAGUCGAAAGCAAGGAGAUCGACUUUCAACCUGCAGAAAAAGAAAAACACGAUGUAGAUUUAGUGUCUGUAAAGCAAGACAUAGUCAUAGAAAAUCAAUUGAUGGACGAAGAAGAAGAAUCAACUGAUAGUAUGUUAAUUACACAAACUAUAGAUGAAACAUCAUUACUGUCAAUGUCGCCCCCCGUAUCUCCAUUACUAGUUGAAACAAAUAAAUAUGAUCAAAAUCAGCGUAUGAAUAGUCUUAAUAUUGAAGAUAGAAUUCGUAACGAUAUAGAAGAUACUAAGGAAUUAGAAGAAUCAAAAUCAAUAGGUGGAGAGGACUCUAUGCAAAUUACACAAGAGAUGUCUAACCAAAAUAUGAUUUUUCAACAUGAACAAGUAUUACAAGACGAGAAUGAAGAUUUACAGUCAGUUUAUCUUUCUCCUAUACCUGAAACUCAUAUAAACACAGAACCAGAUCAAACCAUAUUCUCUAGUGGUAAAGAUGAAGAUAUAGUUCAAGAAGAACUUUCAAAGAUACAUGAAUCAGCUAUAGAGACUUUAAUGAAUGAAGUAAAUGAAAAUAAUAUACCGCUAUCAGACUUUUUAUCGUAUGUUGGUAUUUCGUUUCCUGAAGAAGUUCCAAUUAAGAGUUUAAGACGUCGAUCUGGUUAUGAUAUUAAUUAUGAACCAGCAACAAUUUUAGAACAGACAAUAGCAGCGGCAUCAAUUUUACCUCAGGUUGAAGUAUUUCAAUUAGCAUGUAAACAGCUAACUACCUUAAUUGAAAAUUGCAAGCAAAAAAUUCAAGAUCUUCGUGAAGACAUAAAUAAGAGGAAUUUAAAAUUAUUUCAUGAGUAUGCAGAGGGAGAGAUACCUUUUCGAUCUGAAAUAGAACUAGGCUUAUCCUCAUAUAAAGCUUAUGCACGUUUACAAGCAUUAUGUGAUUCUUAUCAUCGAUGGGUUACUAUUUUAGAAGAGUUAAGGUCUACUUUGAAAACGAACCAAGAAAAACUUUUAGAAAAUGAGCAACUCAUUACAAAAGCUGAAGAACAUAUAAAAGAAAAACUGCAAGAUACUGAAGCAUAUAAAAUUGAAUUACAAAAAAUAGUUGAUGAGGCACAUAGUAAGGAGAGGGAAUAUAACUUGACAGAUCAUCAACAGCUAGAAAAGCUAGAAAACGAAAUUGAUCAGCAGAAACAUUCUAUUCAAGCAUUUACUGAAAAGGCAGAAAAGUUAGAAAAAGAUGAUAUUGAAUUAUCUGAAAAGAUAGUUAGUUUAGAAAAAAAUAAAACUGAAUUACAAGAGAUUAUUGAAAAAGCUGAAGAUAUUAUUGCAAAAAAUAAAGUUAUUACUUUAAAAGAGCUUGCAGAUGCUUCACAAGCUUUUAAUAGAUGUUCGAAGCUUUAUAGUUGGAAAUUUGAAAAAAUAAAAGAGGAUUUUGUCAAAGUCUGCAUAAAUCAAGAUAUUUCAAUUAUUAUUGAUGAUAAGAAGCUGAAAAAUAAAGUUGAUAAUGCUAUUCUUAUCCAUACAAGAGAUGACUUGGAAGAAGACUUUGGCCCAUUAGUUAAAUUAUUGCAUGGAUUAAAAACAAUUAUAAAGGAUAAAUGGGAUAUCAAUGAGAUUACUCAGGAUAUUUCCAUUUAUUGGAACCGAAUAAAAAUGAUACAGUAUGAAUUGCGAAUUAUACAGAGAAGAUUUUGGGUGGAAAUACAUUCACUAGACAAUAACCAGCUAGAAGGCGCUGGCUUUUCCUGUAAAAUUUGUGUUUUCAAUAAUGAGAAGCAAGUAAAAUUUACGAUCUCAUUUAAUAUUGAGCCAAAUGAUAUUUUAUACUAUCCUGACAUCAACUUAUCUUCAUUUGAUCUUUACUUACAUCAUGGAGAAAUAUCGUACGAACAAUUAAGGACACUUGUAGUAGAAGGUAUAUCCGAAACAGGCUUUGAGACUUUAGCUGAUACAAUAGAAAACGUGCUUACACAAAUUCCAAUACCAUAAUAAUAAUAAUAAUAAUAAUAAUUAUAAUUAUAAAAAAAAACUUUACUAUUAAUUGUUAUAACGAAUAUGAUUGAAUAGGAUUGAUUAUUUCGUAGCAGCCAAAACCAUGUUUCUUGGUGAAAUAACAGGAUCAAAAAGGGGCCAUAGCCAUACAUUUUUAGUUGGACUGUCUUCAAUUGUAUUAUACAAGUAUAACCAACGAUCCAUAAGAAUAAGGCUUUCAAUUACUGGAGCUAAUAAUACACGCAAUGUCCAAA